AUGAAGCCGGACAGACGCAGGCGGACCACGGGCUGUCUCCAGAGGGCUUCCCGGGCUACUGCAAAGGAAACGGCACAAGCGCCCAGUCAGCCGCCACCUACACUUAUCCAGAAGCUUCCUGAGCCCAAAGCGGGCAUUGGAAAAACAUUGAGCACUGGUUACUGCCGGCUGUGCCAUGGAAAAUUCUCUUCCCGCAGUCUGCGCCAGGCCUUUGGGAAGGUGGCAGUUACUGGUCGGAGCUCAGAGAAGCAGAAGCGUAUGGACCAGGUGUUCUUUGCGGAUUUCCAGCAGCUGGUUGGCGUAUCUGUUCAAGAGGAUCCCCGGCUGCCCCAGUUUGUGUGCAAAGACUGCCAUGCCCAGUUCUAUAAGUGCCGCACAGUGUUACGCACUUUUAUGCGAAGAGUGAAUAUCUCCCCGACCAUUCCUCACUGCAAAAUGACAGGUGGUAAGGUGCACAAUCCUGACGGUGUUACCACAGGGCCAUGCGCAGAUCUAAUCACCUCAAGCCCUGAGUGCCUGCAUAGUUUGGUAACCUGGACACAUAGCCAUGCAGGUGGAUGCUCAUCUGUGCCCAGCUUGCAGCGAGUGCUUUCCACCCAAUACUGUGGUAUCAUUCGGGCAGUUUGGGGUUGUGGAGAGGGGCAUGAUUACAUCAUGGACACAGACUCUGACCUCCCUCCGGACAUGCAGCAAAAUACAGAAAGCGAAAAUACACCAAGUAGAAAUGGAAUUCUUACAUUCAGCAAAGCUACAGACACUGACCCAUUGGGAUACAUACUGCCGGACAGGAUGGAUACCACCCCAGCGAUAGCUGAUAUUGAAAGUACAGGACUAGAUGAAAGCACUUCUCAAGAGACACAUGAUCCUGCAAAGGAUGAAGGAAGUGAACUGUCAGAUGGUGACUGCCCAAGCAAGGAUGAUGGUGAAGAAAGAGGAGACAUCUUGACUUCAGACGACUCCUUUGAGCCAUAUCCAGAAAAGAGGCCUGCUGUCAGAAAGGCCAGACCUAGAGAAGCUCCGAAGUCACAAGAGCCGAGAGAAAGAAAGAAGCCAGGACCUAAACCAGGCUGGAAGAAGAUUAAGCGAGAGAGAGAGGAGCUGCCCACUAUUUACAAGUGUCCUUACCAAGGCUGCACUGCCGUCUAUAGAGGAGCUGAUGGUAUGAAGAAACAUAUCAAGGAGCAUCAUGAAGAGAUGCGGGAGCGGCCGUGCCCUCAUCCUGGUUGUAACAAGGUGUUUAUGAUAGACCGCUACCUGCAGCGACACAUCAAACUGAUUCACACAGAAGAGAGGAAUUACAUUUGUGACCAGUGUGGACAGGCAUUUAAGCAAAGGAAGCAUUUAUCUGUACAUCAAAUGAGGCACUCAGGAGCUAAACCCUUACAAUGUGAAGUGUGUGGUUUCCAAUGCAGGCAGAGGGCUUCACUAAAAUACCACAUGACCAAGCACAAGGCUGAAGCAGAUCUGGAAUUUGCAUGUGACCAGUGUGGGAAGCGCUUUGAAAAGGCCCAUAACCUCAAUGUUCACAUGUCAAUGGUUCAUCCACUUACCCAGAGUCCCUCAAAGCCCCCAGAUACAGAGCCUGACAACCCCUCAGGAACUAUGGAAGGACAAGCAUUGAAGCCAGAGGCAGCACAACAGCUUCCUAGCUAAAGACUUGUUUGUGUGUGGAAAAUCAUAAGAUGUAGCGCUUGCAAGUUUUUUUUAAUUGUUUUUAAAAUUUUAUGUACAGGAUUUACAUUUUUAUGCAAUGUUCUCAUAGCAAAGUGAGCUCUUCCAAGGGCACCCGACUGAGUUCUUUGGUGGUCCCCUAGCACUGUGAAAAGGGUAGGGCUGGUUCCACACACCAAAACCCUUGCAAUUCUCCUGACUGUGAAUUUAGCUUCCCAUAAUCUUGUGGAAAUCUAAUUUCAACACCAGAAGGUCCAAGUGCUGCAGCCUAAGGGAACGUUCACACGGGCAGAUUUGUGGGUUUCCCGCUGCUUAAUUGAAAGGGGGUGGGCUCUUCUUGGCUGUCCUUCAGCAGCUUUU